CAAAUCGAACAAACCUACUACUGUCAAAAUAAUUUGAAUUUUAUAAUUUCAAAAAAGAUUUUAAAAUUUUAAUAAUUUCGUUGUAAUAUCUCAUGUAAAUUAAAUAAUUUAAUAAAAUAAAAUAAAAUGCAAAGACCACGACGAACUACAGAAUAUGAAACUCCAUCAGAAAAAGCACGUCAAUCAAGACCAAGUCGCCUCCAACAACCUAUGCGUCGUCCAUCAAUACGCGAUGGUUCCUUAACUAGAAGCUCCUCUGCCGAACCACUUAACUCACAAAUCCCUGCUACAAACAACCAUCUUGCCAUACCAACUUCAACAAAACGACAAAGAAGCAACAGUGUAACUAGCGCCCGCACACCUCAACGAACUCCAACUCACAUAACUCCAUCAAAAGGAUCACAAUUCACCGGAGAACAACAACGUGCUGCUAUCAAUGACAAACGUUGGAUACAAGAACAAGUCACUCGAAUCACUGACUACCUUAAAACAGUUGAUUGCGGGAUAAAUACUGAAUUCCUUAGUCGUGGUGGAUUAAAAACCAUGUCGAUGAAACAAUUCAUUGGUCUUGUCGAUUACUUUUUAAAAUUCAUUGCAGGAAACAAGUUCAAAGUUGGUUCCAAUCAUGUCGAGUCUAUAUUAAAGAUUCUAAAUCAAAUUGAUUAUCCAUACACUGUGAAUAAGUCAUGGUUAAAGACUCCAACAGCUCCGCAUGCUUUUGGCAAUGCUGUGAUGCUUUUUUCAUUUUUCAUGGAAUUCAUUCCUCCCCCAGAUAAUAUAGAAUUGUUUAAAAAGAAUCAUUUAAUUGUUAGCGAAGAAUUCCCAGAUAUGGACUUUGCUUUUAAACUGUCCAACAUGGCUGAAGAGGGUUUUUCUUUGUGGAACAAUCAGAAAAACGAAGAGUUUGAGAAGCUCCAAAAGUUCGCUGUCGACGAGUUAAUUUGCAAAAAGACAUCAAUUCCCAGUUCGGAUGCAAUGGACGAUGAGGUAAACCGUCUGAAUGAUGAACUCGAUGCUAUUUCGGCCAAAACAUCAGACAUUCAAGAUGAAGAGGAAUACUUUCGAUUGGACAAAGAAGUGAAGACAAAUCAGAGAAAGAUCGAAAAAGUUCGCAGUUUGAUGCAGGAGAAUCAAAAGCGAAUUGAUAAACUAAAGUCCCAGGUUAACUGCCAACGAGAAAUGAAUGAGAAGCUUACUUUGAGGGUUGAGGAGUUGCUUAAUAUUGUAAACAACCAAGAGGUUUCGGUUGAGGAGAGAAACCAGCUGAUUGAAGAAGUUGGUCAGAUGCAACACGUAGUACGAACAAAGAAACAAGCUGUUUGUGAUCUCCAGGAGCUGGACAAUCAGUCACAAGUCCAGCUCUCGAGGAUGAUUAAGCAGUUGACCGAAAAGAUUGCCCACUUUAACAGUUACAUCCGACAGAUUAUGAUUGAUUUUAAAGAUCUCGAUGUGGAUAUUGAGUCUCUGUGCUUGCAUCAGAACUCUGAGCUAGAAACCAAGAUACAACAAGUUCAUGGGUUUUUGAAGAAACUUCAACGACACAUAUCCAAUCGAAUUGAAGAUCUAACUAAAAAUAUUGAUGCUUUUGAAAAACAAAUCAAAUUAAUUUCCUAUGAAAUAUCCAAUUGGAUUGAACCCAAAUCCAAAGAGAAUAUGCAAAUUAUCAAAGAGAAACAAAUAAAAUUGGAUGAUUUGGAUAGGGAAAUAAUUGGUGUGAAAAAUUUCACAACAAAUCGAUUGAAUGAGUUGCAUCAGAAAUAUAAGGAAUCAGAAAUUGUUUUAAAUUCGUUGAAAGAUUCAAUAGAGAAGAAACGUGAGGAGAUUCCAAAGACAACAGAAGAAAAUAAAGCUAUGAUGAAAUUGGUGGAGGAAAGAUUUGAUGAAUAUUUUACAAAUAAAGAUGCACUUUUAAAUCAAUUUCAUGAAGCAUGCCAGAGGCUUAAGAAGAAAAUUGCUGAAGCUGAGGUUAUUAUGAAAAUAUGAAUUGGUGAGGAUUAAAUGUUUUAAGAUCUUUUUUUAAGUUAUUACAUAUUUUUAAAAU